AUGAAUAUCGACGUCGGCAUCCGCUUCAGCUUCAGGGUCGACGGGGUGGAAGAGCAGGUCAUGAAAUUCAGCGACUAUAGAGGCGAGGUCCUGAUGCUCAAAGCCCCCCUUGCUCAUGAAUCUUCGGAACAGAUGAGCCCAAUUCAGGAAGACGGCAUCUUCAACUUUUCCGGCACCAACCUCAUCUCGCACGGCCUCCUCUUGCGCAACCACUUUGCGGCGGCCCUGGGGGCGGCCCACAGCCUCAACUUUGAGGCGGGGGACAUGGCGACGAGGUGCCUCGAGGGGCCGAACGUCCCUACGCUGGACGACCGGGUGUUCGACUCGGCGAUGCAGGCCUUCAACGACCUGGCGGCACGGUCUCAGAUCCGUCACGUGUGCUCGCGCGUCGAGUGCGCGCACCUCUACACGGGCGAGGUGGAGGCGGCCGAGGCGUAG